AUGGACGAACUCUUCAAGCCCGCUCCCGAACCCGCCACUCCUCUGGGUCGGUAUCGCGUCCUCUCCUCCAGCGCGGGGAUCCGCGUGUCCCCCUUGCAGCUGGGUGGCAUGUCCAUCGGAGACAGCUGGAACAAAUUCAUGGGCAGCAUGAACAAAGAGCAAUCCUUCAAGCUGCUCGACGCCUUCGUCGAAGCCGGCGGCAACUUCAUCGACACCGCCAACAACUACCAAAACGAGCAAUCUGAAGCCUGGAUCGGCGAAUGGAUGGCCGCGCGCAAGAACCGUGACCAGAUGGUCUUGGCCACCAAGUUCACAACGGACUACCGCACCUGGGAGCUGGGCAAGGGUAACGCACCCAAUGCCUGCGGCAACCACAAACGCAGCAUGAUCCUGAGUGUGCGCGACUCGCUGCGCAAGCUACAGACCGACUUCAUUGACGUGCUCUACCUCCACUGGUGGGACCACACGACCUCGAUUGAGGAGAUCAUGGAUUCGCUGCACAUCCUCGUGGAACAGGGCAAGGUCAUGUACCUCGGAAUCUCAGACACGCCUGCAUGGAUCGUGGCGGCUGCCAACACGUACGCCCGUGCGCACGGCAAGACACCCUUCUCCAUCUACCAGGGCCGAUGGAACGUGAUGCGUCGUGACUUUGAGCGCGACAUUCUCCCUAUGGCACGGCACUUCGGUAUGGCGCUUGCGCCUUGGGAUGUGCUGGGCAGCGGCCACUUCCAGACAGCGAAGCAGCUGGAGGAGCGCAAGAAGGCGGGCGAGGGACUGCGCAGCGCAUUCGGAUCCGAGCAGACGGAAGACGAGCGCAAGGUGUCCGAGGCGCUAGCACAGGUGGCAGCGGAGCAUGGCAUCGAGUCCGUGACGGCGAUUGCAUUGGCAUAUGUGCUCUGCAAGGCGCCGAACGUGUUCCCGAUCGUGGGCGGCCGCAAGGUCGAGCAUCUGAAGGAUAACAUCAAGGCGCUGUCGAUCCGUCUGACAGAGCAGCAGAUCCAGUUCCUAGAGUCUGCUACCUCGUUUGACAUUGGCUUCCCUGGAAACUUUAUCGGACCUGACCCGGCGACUACCGAUGGUCAGGCCCCGUUCCUGAUGCGGACGGCGGCCACCGUUGACUUUGUCAAGGGUAAGCAGGCGAUUGGGUAUGGGCGGAACUAG